CAACAUCGGCUGUGAAAUAAUAGAUAGAUGCUUUAUUAAUCUCCAAAUUCCAGCAGCUCUGCAAAAAUACAAUUAUUAACUUAAUCAGAAAAUGUAACGUAUACACAAACUACGUAAAUUUAAGGAGAGAGACGAGAGGACACAAACGCUAGCAAGUCUGGUAGAGCCAGUAGUACUGUAUGUGUACAGUGCUUGUCACACGUUUAGACUUUUAUGUCGAAGAACCGGAAGUUGUAGUUUUAUUUUCUUAACACAUCGGAAAGGGAUGACAUUUGUUUUGGUUUCACCGAUUUGCCACUCAGGUAACGCAGUUACCUGCAAACGCUAGCCCAUAACCGCAAUGGCAUCUCCGCUAAUGAGGUGCUUUCCAGACAAUAAAGUCUCGAAGGCGCAUUGGUCGCUGCCGUUUUUGUGUUUGGCAUUCGUCCUCGUCGGGAGAGGCGAGGGCAACGCGAUGGACAACGGCGCUACAGAGAGGAUGGCUGAAGAGAGCCACCGACAAGACAGUGCCAACCUGCUCAUAUUCAUCAUGCUCCUGACUCUCACCAUUCUCACUAUAUGGUUGUUCAAACACAGACGCUUUAGGUUCCUGCACGAAACAGGACUUGCUAUGAUAUACGGCCUGUUGGUGGGUGUGAUCCUGAGGUUCGGCGUCCAUGUACCUCAAAGCAUGAGCGACGUGGUCCAGGGCUGUGCGGUGAAUGCCAGUCCCGCCACACUGCUGGUCAAUGUCAGCGGGCGAUUCUACGAGUACACCCUGAAAGGCGAAGUCAGCCGGGGCAAAGGUCACCAAGUGCAGGAUGACGAGAUGCUGAGAAAGGUAACCUUUGACCCAGAAGUCUUUUUCAACAUCUUGCUGCCCCCCAUCAUCUUCCAUGCUGGUUACAGUCUAAAACGGAGGCAUUUUUUCCGAAACAUCGGCUCUAUCCUGGCCUACGCAUUUGUGGGUACUGUUAUAUCCUGCUUUAUUAUUGGGCUCAUCAUGUAUGGAUUUGUGUCCUUUAUGGAAGUGGUGGGCCAGCUGAGCGGAGAGUUUUACUUCACAGACUGCCUCUUCUUUGGGGCCAUUGUGUCGGCAACGGACCCGGUGACAGUCUUGGCUAUUUUCAACGAGCUGAAAGUAGACGUGGAUCUGUAUGCUUUACUUUUUGGUGAGAGCGUUCUCAACGAUGCUGUGGCUAUCGUCCUCUCGUCUGUUCUCCUCCACUUGGACAAGCAGGGUAGACAGGGAGCUAGAAUUGUGCGGCCCACCGAGGGCGAGGCAGCAUGGCUAGGAAGGAACCAAACAGGAAUUCCUCGCUCCAUUGUGGCGUACCAGCCCGCCGGGGACAACAGUCACAGCUUUGAAGCCAUGGCCUUGCUCAAGUCCUUUGGCAUCUUCCUGGGUGUCUUCAGCGGUUCGUUUGCUCUCGGAGUGGCCACCGGAGUGGUUACGGCACUGGUGACCAAGUUCACCAAGCUGAGGGACUUUCCUUUGCUGGAGACGGCGCUCUUUGUCCUCAUGUCCUGGAGCACCUUCCUGUUGGCCGAGGCGUGCGGCUUUACCGGUGUUGUCGCCGUGCUGUUCUGCGGGAUCACCCAGGCUCACUACACCUACAACAAUCUCUCUCGGGACUCUCAAGAUCGAACCAAACAGUUAUUUGAGCUGCUCAACUUUUUGGCGGAGAACUUCAUCUUCUCCUACAUGGGCUUGACACUUUUCUCCUUCCAGUCGCAUGUCUUCAACCCUUUGUUCAUCAUCGGGGCUUUUGUGGCGGUGUUUCUUGGCAGGGCGGCGAACAUCUACCCCUUGUCUUUCCUGCUCAACCUGGGCCGCAAGAAUAAGAUCGGCUCUAACUUUCAGCAUGUGAUGAUGUUUGCAGGGCUGCGCGGGGCCAUGACCUUUGCCCUCUCUAUCCGAGACACGGCCACCUACGCCCGUCAGAUGAUGUUCUCCACCACCUUACUGAUUGUCUUUUUCACCGUGUGGAUCUGUGGAGGCGGCACCAUGCCCAUGCUGUCCUUCAUGAGCAUUCCCGUGGGCGUGGACUCUGAUCAGGAACACUCUAGUUUUGGAAUGUUGGACGGGUCGCAGAGGAGGAACACCAAGCAUGAGAGCGCAUGGCCCUUCAGGAUUUGGUACAACUUCGAUCACAAUUACCUGAAACCCCUCCUGACCCACAGCGGCCCCCCUCUCACUGCUACUCUGCCUGCCUGUUGUGGACCUCUGGCGCGAUGCCUUACCAGCCCGCAAGCUUAUGAGAAUGAGGGUCAGCUUCACGACGACGACUCCGACUUCAUCCUGAACGACGCCAGCGUCAGCUCCAUGUACGCCGACGUCACUGUCAGCACGGACGCCUCGGGCUCCGCCGCCGUCAGGCGUAACCGUUCAUCCACCGGCAGCACGGCAGGCGGCCCGUUUGACGAGGGUUUGGAUCACGAGCUGGCCACGACCGAGCAUGAAAUAUCCAUCCGGGGAACCCGCUUGGUCCUGCCCAUGAACGACCAGGCCGAUCCCCCGACCACCGUGACCCUGCCUCCGCCGCCGUCCCCGCCUCGCUCGGACCCUCGUAGGCACAGGCUGUAAGAUUACAGCUUCUUGUUUUCAACUUGUUUGCUGUCUCAAAGUGGUGGGGCGUGUUCAGGCUAUAUUUACGGGAGCUUAAUGUAUUUUAUGGUUCAUAAACGAGUGAAGUAACGUGUACGCAAAAUACAUUAUGCUCACGUAAUCAUAGCCAUUUUUCUUUUAUUUUAUGAAUGGAAUAAUCCGCUGCUUUCACUGUUCUCGUCCCUUAACAUCUCACGUCCCCAGGAUCGUCUCGCUGUCAGCUGGGUGAGGGAACGGUUUGUUACUGUAAGCUUGAACGUGAAGACCCUACACGCAAGGUCAGGUACUGUCGAACAAGUGCACCUUCUACUGACAACCGAACGGGUUUGGUUGAACGUUAAAUUGCUUCCCACAGUUGCGUCCUCCAUAUUUAUGUAUUUAUUUAUUCUUUUAUGGAUUAUGCACCUUUAUUUUCUCGAAGGCAUCGCGAAAGGGUCGCACUGUGCGAAUGGGUAGGGUUUGCGGUGUGUGUGUGUCUGUGUCCGUGCAGGGAAAAAACAAACAAAAAAAAAUGCUUUGGGUAAUGUAGCAAGAUACUUUACAAGCUUGUAAACGUACAUGAAAGCCUCUUUCACACAGACUUCCUGCAAAAUCUGAGAUCACCUCGGCUUUUUACAGAACCCGGAAAAGACCGGAUGUUGCUGCGCUUUCACGCAAAACAUCAUGACCCCCACAAAAUGAUUAGGUGAUGUGAGCAUCUGGUGUAAUGUGUCAAAGGUCUCUAGCCCCUUUCACACAGCCUGUAAAAGCCACUUUGCUGCGUGUCACUCUUCUAUAUAAACGGUACCCACACGGAAUGGUUAAGACAAAGAUGUCCCGGCAAUUUUCCAGGCCUCAAAAUUAGCUUCUCAGCCAUAACAGAGGCGGGAUGUAGCCUGUGUGCAAGGAUGAUGUAUCGCAGUGACAGGACAUGGGUGUGGAGUUUAAGACCUAUUGUCGGAAAAGUGAUUCCAUUUCAUCUGCAAAGACGCAACUUUAAGUGUUUUUGCAGAUCUGUGUGUGAAGGGGGUUGAUCGAAAUGCUCAAAUGGAAUACUUCCAUCUGUACACUCAGUACACUAUGUCGACUGCGUACUUAUGUAGUGCUUAGUAGCCAAGCAAUUUGACAAAACACACAAUUAUUCUUGUAUAAAGUGGCGUCACCCUGCGUCUUAAGUCACAUGACCUUCUCUGGGUUCUGUCUAAAAAGCACAGGUGCAUAAAUACCAUUGCUUCCGUAGAAGCAGGACAAUUGCCGGACCCUGUUCUGUGUCCGUGUCAUUCACACAGAACAGCAGCAAAGCUGUGGGGGGG